AAAAAAGGUUGGUGUGACGGUAAAACCGCACAGGUAAGUGAUCUGAGUAUCACUUUUCAUUCAUACGAGCAUCAAUUAGUGUCUGUGCACGUCGCCUCUUUUCAAAUCAGUAAGACAAGCCUGGAUUGAAGGUUCUCCUCUGAAGUAAUUAUAUCUGCUCUUGUUUUGUGCCGAGGACACACAAAGACUCCAGUUAGUCUGGGCACUCCGAUCAUCAGACGAGUGACUGACAGGGACUGAGAGGUAGAACAACACACACACACACUCACACACUCUCACACACACAGACAGUAUCAGCUUUCAUAGUUGAAUUUAACAUGAGGCACAGGGAAGCAAGUUGAAACAUGGAGAAGAUCUGAUCGGAGAAAUUAAACGGUUUCACAUCAUUUGGUGUCACCAGCUGUGAAAUGUUUGAUUAAUGCUCAUUUGAUCUUGAAGUUGUUGAGUUUUAAAAGGCUGAGGCUGAAUCACGGUUAGAUAGAGUUUUCCAACACUCAGGACAACACAACUAACGCUCAGCUGAGUUUUUACUCACGUGGUUUUGGGUGGUUUGAUUGAACUCUCUGGUGAAAAGUAAGCGAUCAAUGAAGAAGGGGUAGUUUUUUUAGAUGUGAGUGCCCCCAAGUCCUCCUAAAGUCUUAAAAAAUGAGGGCAGAAGUGUCCUCUUGGAUACUGUGGUAGAAAAAAAACACCUUAAAUGCAUUCUCAGGUGCUGUUUUUAUGUAAAAUGCAUGAAAAAUGGCUUCAUAGCUCUAUAUUUAGCUUAAGUAACCUUCCUCUGGAUACUUUACCAGUUCAUAAAAUCUGAAAAGAGAGAGCCCCCAAUGGUAAGAAAGAAAAAAGUGCCUUCUGGAUGCUCUGACACAUAAAAAAGUACCCUCAAAAGUCCUUCCAGAGUAAAAAUGUGAAAAAGUGUCCUCUGAAUGCACUUUGAGCAUACAUAAUACAAAAAAAACCUUCAUGGAUACUCUACCUGUUGAUAAAAUCUUGAAGAUAGAGCCCCUUGAAUGCACUUCCAGUUUAUAAAAUGCAGCACAAAUUUGAACCUGCAUGUCCUUCCAGUGUAAAAAACAUGAAAAAGUGUCCUCUGGGUAAUUUAUCCCCAGAUAACAUCUAAAAAAAAGUGCUCCUGGAUGCGCUGUGAGUGUAAAAAGCAUGAAAAAAGUGUCUUCUGGAUGCUCUUCCGGUAUAUGAAAUGCAUAAAAUAUUUGAACCUGCAUGUCCUUUUAGUGUAAAAACAUGAAAAAAGUGUCCUCUGGAUAAUUUAGCCCUGGAUAACAUUCUUAAAAAGUGCUCAUGGAUGCCCUGUGAGCCUAAAAAGCAUGAAAAAAGCGUCUUCUGGAUGCUCUUCCGGUAUAUGAAAUGUAAAAAGGCAAAUCUUUCUAGAGUCUGCAGCAGGAAGUUGCAUUGAAUUUUUAAUUUCUCACUAAUAAAUGUUGCAUAAAUAUUCACCAGUCAGCAGGGAGUUAAGAGUUAGUAAACUUUCCCAAACUCUGCUCUCAUUAGCUUUGUCUUAUCAUGUCUAAUUGAAUCCCACAGUUCACCGUUAUUUUAGUUCAGUUGUUCAGAGCUGCUCAUCUUUAUCAAUAAUUGGUGUUUUAUCCGUGUCUGUUUUAUACUACUCUGUUCACAGAUCUCAGAUUUUAUGAUUGUUUCCUCUCCUCUAAACAGAGGAUCGUUUCCUCUACUCCUGAAAGAAAAUAAUACACGACAUGGCCAACUCCUCUCUGAACACUGUUCACACUUUGACGCCCUUCUGAACUCCUUAUGGGACCAGAUUCGGUGAAUACAGCGACGUGAAAACGAUAGGCCUCCAGCAUUGUGCUCUCACUUUGUAAAGAAACAGAGAGCCGAGAGCUGCCUCCCUCUCAUGGAGCUGCACUGAAACUCGGCAGCAGCAGGAACUCGGCCGCCCCUAACCCUCAUGGGAAGUGAAAGGUGACUGGGUUAAUGGCGUAUUGACAAGCAGGACGCCGGGAGUGUGGAGAUGAUCAGGAAGCGCCCACAUGCAGCAAUGGGAGGUGUGGCGAGGGCGAGUGGAGGAGAACAAAAGGAAUUCACAACACCUGGAACAAAGCAAAGGAAGAGGGGUCAACGUGGAGACAGAGUUUGGAAAAGAUCCCAGCAGAGGACGUGUGAUGGAUGGAGGGCUGUGUCUCUGAGUCAUCCUGUUAUUACCUGAGACCCACUUUCACUUUUAGUACCAUUAAACACAGCCUCUGUAGGCAGGGAAAGAACAGCAUAUGUUUCCACCUUGGUGUCAGCCUUUGGUUUUUGUAUGUCUUCUUCAAUUUGCUUGAUGUCUCUUUGGCUCAGCUCCUUGAAUGUUUUAACUUAAUCAUUGUUUUUUGUUGCCUCCUCUCUUUUUUGGUCUUCAGUUAUCUCAGGACUCUAUAGCAGGUCUAGAAUGUAGUCUUACAAUCUACAAAAACCCUUUGUUAAUCCACCAUGAGCUAACAUUUUGCAACGUUUGACGACAGUUGCAUGGAAAAAAAAACACCGCUUAGCAGGCAGAAACCUUGAGCAGGACCAGAUUGGUGAAUAGCCAUCUGCCUUGGCUGAAUGGGAGUUAGAGUGGGAUUGAAAGAAAGCCAGGAAGAGAGAGGUGACAAGGGACAAAAAGACAUAGAAUUAAGUUCUUUUACAUUCCUAAUAGUCAGAAGCAUUUUACUGUACGGAAAUGGGCCGAAACUUCUAUUUCCAAAUAUAUCCAAAUGGAAGAAAAGCCUGUAGAAGCAAGAAACCAGAUAUUUGGGAUAAAUGUUGAGGAAAUUUGUGCAACAUUUUCUUCUGAAGAUUGUAAAAGACUCCUAAAUUAUCAAGAUUUGUCUGCAAAAAUUACACUGGCUCAGAUAAUGUACCAAGACACUUCAGCAACUGACAGCUUCAGAUUUGGUUCAAACUGCACAUCAGUGAAGUCAUGAGUGGAAAAUGAGAUUCUUUGGUAUAUUUCAUAUUUCAUUUCAUAAGAACUCCUAUGAGAGGAGAAGCAGGGGACUAAACUGACAAUUUGUGUGAAACAUCGCCCUCUGCUGGUUAUUUACCCUCCCUACACUGGACUGAUGUGGAAAUUAUAACUCCAAUCAUGAAAAUAUUUGGCUGAAAAAUACUCUGAAUCUGUCACCAAUAAGGCUUGACAAACAAAAUAACAUAUAAUUUAUUCAUUUUGUUUAAAACAACAGAUUUUUGUUCAUUAUUUUUGUUUGUUUUGAUUCCAAGCAGAAGUUUCCCGGCAACAGGUGAUCCAAAGGUGAGAGACGAUGGGGGUGGAAAAGGUCAGCAGCCUUAACUUCACGUUUACAUUUUAAAACCGUCUGAUAAUUUGCACAGACUUUGUCUUUUAACCACAUUUUUGUCUUUCUUCACCCGAAUUUCAGGACAUAAAUGACUCUCUUCAGAAAAGAGGGAUAAGACGAGAUGUUGAUGUCUGCCAGCUCAGCCUUGUCAAAAAGUAAGCCAAACUUUUCUGGACUUUUAAACAAUUUUUUUUUUUCCUGACUGCAGCUACAGAAGAAAUUUACCAUAAAACUGUGAAAUUAUUCUACUGAAAUCAAAUAUUUUUCCAUUUUAAUGAGCAGAAAACUCACCAGCGUCCCUGACUUAUCACGGUUUCACUUCCUGAGGGAGCUGAGGUUGAAUAACAACAAGGUAAACUUCUUUAAAACUUUUCAUAUUUCAGCAACAGGAGGAUUUUUUAUGAAGUAAAUGUGUGAUUGAAUUAUUUUUCAGAUCAGAGAGCUCAGCUGCCACUCCAUCAACUGCUGUCUGACUGAACUCUACCUCCACAACAACAACAUCAAGUCUAUCUCAGGUGAAUCUCAGUUUCUUAUUUCAUCUCUGUGUGAGUGGAAAAGUCCUGGAGGGCAAAGUGGAGGGUGGAUGGUAAAGUUUUAGAUCCGUAUCCCAGAAUAGAGAGGAUAUGAACAGGAAAAAUAAUUGUAAUUUAGAGGUGAAAACUGUCUUUUUAAAGAAUAAGAAGUUGAUAUUGUGCUAAAAAACAGAUGAUAGAUGAAGAAGAAGUGGCAGACCACCUGUGAGCCGACUGAAGCAGCCCCCUGAGGGAUGAUUCGGCACUUUUUUAACGUUGGAACUUGUGACUGAACAUUUAAACUGUCUGACCGUCUUCAUUCAGCUCUGAAGCAGUAUCCUUCAAAAUAAUAGCGCAAUUUGACAAUGCAGGAAAUAAAGUAACAUGUGCAACACACAAAAACUAUUGACUAUUCUCAUCAAUAUCUGUCUGGUGUUGAAGACAAGUUCACUGUAAAUAACUUGAUUCAAAGACACAGAUCCUCUUUGAUCGUCUCCUCUCUGUCUCUCUUACAGGAGCCUUAAACCAUCUGACCUGCCUCAGGCUUCUUCAUCUGCACAACAACCAGAUCAGAGGACUGGACGACACCAUGCAUGAGCUCAGGAGGAUGCAGCAGCUCCAAACUGCGAGUGAGUGCAGAGAGAAAAAUCUUAAACCUGCAAUAAUAAAGAAACACACUGAAUAAAUUCUCUAUGAGUGUAAGAUUACAGAGUAGGUUGAGAAUAUGUUUGUAAUUAAUGUUUUUUGCAGCUUUCUACCUCAAUCCCAUUUCCCAUGAGCCCGGGUAUCGCCUCCACGUAAUCCACCACCUGCCAUCCGUCCAGGUGUUGGAUGAAAAAGGUAAAACCUGUCAGCCUUUAUCUUCAUACUCUUGUAUUUUCCUGUUUACUUAGUCACUAUGCAUCUCUUUCUGUCAUUCUUUCAGAGGUGAAGUCAGCAGAGAGGAGGAGGGCCUUCGAGAUUUACAGAUGGGAGCGCCAUCGUGUCCUCCAGUCUGUGGCCUUCUGCAGACGGGCAGAAUAGUCCACGAACUGUGAUCUAAAGAAGUAAAACUGUUUCAUUUCACACACUGAAGUCUGUUUACGGGCCUUUCAGUGGGGAGAGAAACAUCAUAUCAUGACACAAGAAAAGGGUAUCACCUUAAGUCCUCUUAAAAUAACAGAUGGCGUGCCUCAGGGCUCUGUUUUAGGACCACUGCUGUUUACAAUUUAUAGCAAGAGGAUUGUUAAAAAUGUCUCCAACACAAACUUGAAUUUGUAUGCGGACGAUACUGUUAUUUACUGCUCUGCUUCAACACAAUUUCAGGCUCUAGGUCACUUAAAAGAUGCUUUUGAUAGUGUGCAGGAGACCUUAAUUCUGUCUGCCCCCCAGAGCACAUUCAACAAGAUUUAUAUUGUAAAAAAACUGUACUGACUGCAGGCUCUCUUUUUAAACAUUAAAAAA